AUGACUCAUGAGCUGCUGGGAUGCAGAGGCAGGUUUGAAGUUCCCAUCAAGAGAUCCAUGUCGUCUCGAGCUCACAUUCUACAGGCAAUUGAUCUUGAUCAUGACGCUGUAAUGUGGCAACAAUUACUGGUCACUACACGAAGUCAGUCCAAUAUAUAUGUGAAAGUAGCGGCGGAGUAUUUUGGAUCCAAAGUACAUCGCUGGCUACGACGUGAGUAUGCACCUAGUGGGGCUAGCAAGACAGGACGGGACACGGAUAGGACAAGUGCACGGGAAAAUAUUGGGUCCAAUGUGCGGGAAAUGUCGGGUCCACCAGUCAAAGUGUCGGGUCUGAUGUCAAAGUGUCGGAUUGAAUGGGAAGUGAUUAUCGUGCAACAGGCAUUAGACAUAAAUUGUGAAUCAGCUGAAUACAAGCCUAGCGCGAGCUCGAGUGCUACAACAUGCACCUGCUUUCUACUACUCUCAGCAGCGGCUCAGCCUGAGCCACGGCCCAAUACAGAGGUCUCUCGGGACCGUGUCUUUGUGCAAUCGAUAUUUGAGCUCCACCAUGCAAUUCCCAACACCGCAAAUGCCAUGCAAAAACGCCCAAGCAGGAAGAGGGAAGAAGGCGGGGAGGAUAACAAGGGAGAGGAGAUGGACAAGAUGGGCAGGAAGGAAGACAUCAGCUCGAGUUUGAGUAGCGUAGGGAGCUUGGGAUACAAUCCACGCAAUGGAGAACUUGGAGUGAUUCGCAGCUUCCAUGGUGUCAAGAGCGUCGUCGCCAGUCUGCAUUCUCUUGGGUGCGAAAGUAUGGGAUGGAGGUGCGACAGGAUAGAACAGAGCUGCGAGAGGGUCGCAAGAGGAUGGGGUGGAGCCUGUGGAGGUGCAAGAGGAUUGCAAGAGGAUGGGACAGAGGUGCAAGAGGAUGAGAUGGAGCUAUUGAAACACACCUGCAAAACUACCGAGCUGACGAAUAUGUUGAAUGGUACUUGUGUUAGUGGAGGAAGUAGCGCCUGGAAGCAUUGGAGCAUUGGAGGUAUCCUGAAGGCCUACAUGGGAGGGGCCCUGGAGGCUCAUAAGGAGGUGCACCGUGCUGGAGGCCUGCAAGGGAAUGCGAGAGCAUGUACUAUUAUUAGAUGGCGGGAGGGCACCGAGAAGUGCUGCCUGAGGUGA